CAGGUAGAGAAGAAGAAGACACACAAUAACAACGCAAAAAGGAAAAAUCUAGCAAAUUUUUUUACACACCUAGAAAAUAAAAGAAAAGCGGAAACAAUGGACGCAAAACGCGAGAGAAAGUCUUCCCUGGAGUGUGAUUUUCAGGCCCCACUUUCGCCGUGUCCCAUUCCGGACAUAACCGACGAUGACUUGGUUAGCAUUUCGGUAAGGGAUCUCAACCGGACGCUCAAGAUGCGUGGCCUCAACCGCGAGGAGAUUGUCCGCAUGAAGCAGAGGCGGAGAACUCUGAAAAAUCGCGGAUACGCCGCCAGCUGUCGCAUCAAGAGGAUCGAACAGAAGGACGAGCUGGAGACCAAGAAGUCGUUCGAGUGGACGGAGCUGGAGCAGAUGCACGAGGACAACGAGCAGGUGCGCCGCGAGGUGGGCAACUGGAAGAACAAGUACAAGGCCCUGCUGCAGUUCGCCGUCCAGAACGAGAUUCCCAUUCCGAGCGAGCUGGAGGGCUGCUAGCCCAGUCACAUUCCUGUUUCUGUCAAAAUUUCAAUAAACCCCAAAUGAAAACACCUGUAACUAAAGUACAAUAGCUGGCAAAAAUUCACCCAUUCUGCAAAAAUAAACGUAAUCUUCGCAAGCAACCGAAA